AGAGAGCCAACGAUGGAGGAGGAGAUGCAGCAGGCAGAGGAGACAACCUGCAUACCCAACAUUUGCAAGCAGAGAAGCCCCUACAGCGCUCUCAAGACAUUCCCCAACAAGAGGCCAGUUGGCAAGAGGUAUGACAGACCGACCAUGGUGGAGAUCCCGCAGCUGGGUGCCGGGGGAGGAGGACAUCACCAUCAUCACCACCACCAGCUUCAACAACAACAGCAGCACUUUCAACAUCACCAGCCCUCCAUCAUCAGCAGCAGCGAACAGCUCCAUCAGCAGCAGCCUUUCCCCUACGAGAACGGGCCCAGCAGCAGAUCGGCAACAUCCACCUCAUCUUCAGCAGCAUCCCUCAGCAAUCAGCAAAGGAUCACCGCCCCAGCGGGUCAUCUAACCUCCAAGUACACUACCAACCUUGGACAAGAGACCGCCGACUCAAACCUGGGGCUCAGUGCAGAGAAUCGCAUGAUUUUAGAUGCCUUUGCCCAGCAGUGCAGUCGAGUGCUAAGUCUCCUCAAUAACAAUGGAAAGUUCCUGGACCCCAAACCCACCCAGUCAGUAAUGUCCCACAUAAAACAAGAAACGUGUUACGGGGAAAGGUCAGGUGAGUGUCAGCUGGCAAAAGGAGCUCAAGGGGAACCUCAGACUUCAGACAGUCCGGACAUGGAGCUGCAGUACGCACAGAAGAAGCACCAGACCUCCUCCUUCCUCCGCGUCUUCACCGAAUCUCUCCAGAGCUACCUGAUCGCUGGGAGCAGGCCCUCUCAGAGUACCUCAGCUUUAAAUGACUACUGUCACCACGGCAACGACUUGGUUCCCUUAUCCACCUCCCCGGCCCAUACUCUGGGAGGGUGGACAUCACCAGCCACCUCGGAGUCUCACGGCCACCCGUCUUCCACGCUCCCAGAGGAAGAGGAGGAGGAGGAGGAGGAGGAAGGGUGUUGUCCCAGGUGUCUGGAGCUGGAACAAGAGGUCCUGUCACUUCAGCAAGAAAACGAGUACCUCAGAAGAAAACUGGACAGUGUGCCAGCACCCUGUCAGAAUGUCCUUGACUAUUUCAAAAGAGUGCUUCAGCAGCACAACCAGUUUGUGCAGCCGCAACCAGAGGAGCAGCUUACAGAGGGAAGUAAGCAGUUGCUAGGCAACUAUCCUGUUUACAUCACCAACAAGCAGUGGGAUGAGGCAGUGAACUCUUCCAAAAAAGAUGGCCGCAGGCUGCUGCGCUACCUGAUCCGGUUUGUGUUCACCACAGACGAACUGAAGUAUUCCUGCGGACUUGGAAAGAGGAAGAGAUCUGUUCAGAUAGGAGAGUCAGGCCCAGAAAGACGGCCACUUAACCCAGUUAAAGUUACCUGCCUCAGAGAGUUUAUUAGAAUGCACUGUGCCUCCAAUCCAGACUGGUGGAUGCCUUCAGAAGAACAGAUCAACAAGGUGUUCAGCGACGCCGUCGGGCACGCUCGGCAGGGCCGGGCAGUGGGGACUUUCCUCAGCAGCAGCAGCGGCGGCAGCAGCAGCAUGUACUACGAGAGCUUCGAGAGCCACCUGUCACAAGACGACAUGUUCCUAAAGGAAUCCCAAGAUGGGUCUGGGGACUGAAAGGGGAGGAAGAUUCUGCAGCAGUUCAGUAUCACGAUUCAUCUCUCCUUUAACAAACUGAAACAGUCACAAAAUGAUUUGGACAUUCAGUGGCACAAGGCACUGUGCAUUUCUUGGAAGAAUAUGCCCACUGAUUAACUUGCCUACUGGUGCUUCAUUAGAAGCUUGUGUCUCAUAUUUUUUUUUGUUUGUUUAAUCCGCAACCCUGCCUGUUUUUAGAGCUUUUGUGACUGGCCAUUGGUUUUGAAAUAGAAGCUAGGGGUUCCCCAGCUGCUUUCAAAGCACUGCAAGUUCAGUCCCUCAUUUCGCACUGCCUUGUGGCUCCCCUAGCUUGUGUAGGAAACAAAGGGUUGAGUCAAUUCAAACACAAAACCGUAGAAGGGCUGCUAGCAUUCUUGAGGUGAAAAGCUUUUUUUUUCUGUCUGCUCUCAAUAAUGUGGAAGCAUGUGGAGAGGUAUGUCUAAAUUGGAAACCGCAGAGUAGUGUGUGUAAGCUUUCUCCACCAUUUAGAGCUAGAUGAAAUCCCUUCCUUUCCUCAAUAUUAUUCAUGGUGCAAUUUAUCAGACUGUGUGUAUGUAUGUGAGAUGUAGAAAACCAGGUGCAGAAUUCAAUGAGCUGAACCUUUUCUACCAUCCCUGGUAGGCCUUUUUCCAGAUUCAGUGGCCUACACAUUGGUAAAUUAAUUGUACCUGAAAAUGUCAACAAUCUUAGCCAAUUGCAUACCUGGAAUAAUAACAGCUUCUGAUCAAAUUGCAGAUUGCUCUUUCCACAUGUACAUUUGCUCCAUGACGAAUUUAAAUCGUACCAACAUAAAUCUGUGAAAAACAAACUGUAAGCCCUUUUUUUAAAUUAUUCAAGACCUAAUCUAACGUCGUUCUUUCCUUUUUCCAAAGAGGCUAGUGUGUUCAUGCCCAAAUACCUUUGUGACUUGCCAAUAAUUCUAUCCUAAAAUGUUGUCUUCUUUUUUUGCCGCAAUGACCGUUUUGAUGGUUUACUUAUUACUGAUCUACUGUAACAGCUAUUAUCAGCUAAUAGGUUUGUGUUGUAAGUUUUAAACAAUAUGCGUUCCACCCAAUGAUAUAGGGGUCAAAACCACAGAUGACCAAAUAGUUCUGUACGUAACGUAAGUGUUGCAACCACAAUGCAGAAAGUGUCAAUACUUAAUAAGCUUUCAUUUCAUCCUUUUUUAUUUUUUACAUAACCAUUACAAUUAUUUUCCCAUUUUACAUGUACUGCCUUAUUGCUUAGUUUUUAUGUAUUAAUAUAUUUGCACUUGACUUUUUACAUGCCGGUAUUGUCUGAUUUAUGUUGGGGAUACACACUUUGGUGAAGAAUCCCAAGCAGCACAUUGUGUGCUGCUGUUUUGUAUUAGGAGGGAGGAUUAUGACCUGCUUGAACUAGUCACCGCUAGGUGAAUUCUCUCCUCUCGAUUUGGAGGGGGGGGGUCAUCCUGAAAGAGGAAAUUAUCAAAGAAGCACUUUAUAGUAAAAGUACAACAGCAUCUUGUUUUCUGUCCUUGAAUUUGAUCCAAAGGACCGAAAGCCUUCCAAUACAAACUACUUAAGGUUCAGUAGUGCUACUGUCCACAGGGGUACAUUAUAGCUAUAUCGUCGACACGACAAUCUUCAGUUUGAAACUUACAUUUGAAAUGAUGUAUUCAGUUAUUACAUGACACAACUGCCUGUUUUUACAAGUACUAUAAAACUAAUUUCAAAAGCCAGGUGACAUUUUUAUUGAGUGCCAAAUGCAGGAAUAAAGGAAAUUAGUGCGUUCAUCAUCAAAAUAAAAUAAAAUAAAAUAGAAAAAUCAUGGGAGAUGCAAAUUAUGUUGAAAGGAAUGGAAAGUGAACUGUGUGGGUGUCUGUUUUGCUGUACGUAAUGCAGCUCAUUGAAAUGCACGUUAAGCUUGUAUUGGUGCUUUAAAAAUCUAGAAUGUCUUCAUUGUGGGAAAAGUCAGAGGAAUCUUUUUCCCUUUUGAUGGUGAUGGGAAACAUCAAACAAGUAUACUAGUAUUUGACAGCGUAAGAGUUAGUUAGGCAGUUUAACAAAGCAGCCUGCCCAUACCCAAGCAGUUAAAUCUGGUGGGGCUCCUUGUAAUGCACACUGUCCAUUCCAUGUGGAAAAUCAGCAGAAAUAUACAUUGGAUAAAAAAAAAAUAAUAAUAAUUAUAAUUCCCCUGUGAAUAUAUACUUAAGCUCAGGUGGUAUGUAAAAACCACUGAUGCUAAAAAAUAUGCCUUCUAAUUGUUGUACAACAAAAGGCAAAUUAAUUUAUAGCACAUACUAGAUGCACUGUGUUAUAUAUCUUCAAAUAUAACUUUAUUUAAGUUAGUCUGCAGUACUUUCUAAAUUAAGCCACAUCAGAUUCUACUUGAAAGAAGGGCCAUAGCCACCUACUGCAAAUUGUGCCACUGGUUGCUAAGAAUGUCAAACAUUAGGAGAAAGAACUGCAUUACACAGUACCUGCCUAAUCCUGUAUCCCUUCAUUUCCUAACAAAGCAGCUGCUUCCACUAAGAACUGACAUGCUUUGAGACCAUUCGCUCUUACCCUUAGAAUCAAGAUUUGGCAGACAUUAAAUGAACAGGUAGACAGUAAACCAGAAAGAAACUUGUCAACAGUAAAAGCUUCCUUUAAAAUUGUUUGGUGCAGAAUCAUGAUUGAUAAAAUUAUUUUAUAAGCUUUUUACAUAUCCAAACGCUACGUUAAGUUAACGUCAGCACACAUCGGUAAGAUUCAAAGGGCUUGCUUAUAUUAAAACUAGACAUCUCAAGAUUUCUUCCAGACUGCUCAAAACUCGUGUUUCUCUUAAGGUUUAGACUAUAUUUUACUUUUAAUUCUUUAUUUGUCACACAUGCAUUAUAUUCGUUAUAAUAUGCCACUUUUUAUUUCUCAUAUCAUUCAAAAACACAUCUCAAACUAUUUGAAAUGCCUUUGGAAAAUAAUUGUCUUUGUCUGUUUAUUGCAAAGGUGACUUGCCUUUGACAUUAUGGUAAUUUGAAAAAAGAAAAGAAAACUAGGCUUCUUAACAGAAAUGUCUUCAUGUAUGUAUUGAUGCUUACCAGGUAGAAUGAAUAUAGUGAAUAUGUAAUGAAUUGUCUAACUUAAUUUAUGUAUUUUAUAUUCAAGUGACUGUUCAUGCAAACACUGUGAAGCAAAUAGUAAUCUUAUCUAUUUUUUUUAUUGUCAAGUUAUUUUGUACACAAUCUUUUUUUUGCUGGUGCCUGUUCUAUCAAAAGUUAUCAUUACACAAAUUGUAUGUCUUAUUGAACUGAAGGAUUCCUUACAUUGUAAGAACUGUUGAUUUUCAAUGAAGACCAUAUUAAAAAUGCUUUAAAUCCUAUUCACAAAGGUUUUUGUUUCUCUAUAAAUGUAAAAUUGUGGGAUGUAAACGAGGUUCGUUUAGCAGAAAUCCAAAAUUGUCCAACUCUGAACAGCUAGCAAUGGUUACAUGGAAAAUACCUUACCCAGAGUUUUCUUUGUGUUAAAUAUUGCACCCACCAAUAUGUUUUUAAGCACAAAGGGAUAUAUUCAAUUGAUCAUUGAUGCCCCUUCAAUCACUUGGCAAGACACUCUCUGCCGAUUUACAUAUUUUUACUGACAGAACUACAGUACGGAGAAAAAUGCACUGUAGAUGUCAUCUUUUUAGUGGCCAUGACUUAGUUUCUGAUAUAGUAAGAAAACUUGUUAAAUUUGCAGACGACACAAAUAGGAGUGUCAAGCACUGUUGCAGCAGCAAAGGUCA